AUGGACAGUAUGAUGAUGGGAGGCGUCGGCGGCGUCGGGAUGGGAUCAGUUGGCGGUGGCGUUUCGUCUAUGGGGGGCUUCCAGCUUGUGAGAGAUCCUACAUCUGGAGCGCUUCUCUUACUUCCAGCGCCCCCGGAUCUUCCACACACUGUUGUGUGGGGUGGCAUGCCUUACCCUUCCGCUCCCUUACUCUUACCCCCUGCACCACAUCCGUCUCAUCACCUACAGCUUCUACCGGGCGACCUCCUUGCGUCAACAGCUACCCUCCAACAUACGCACACACACUCUACCCGCCUGGUAACUCUGGCUCCUGCUCCUCCACCACAACCGCAUCCAGCUCACGUAGAAAAGCGGAAACCGAUCAUGCAACCGCUCAUCACACCGCACACGUUAAUCAAAAUAGAACCUGAACCACCACAAGAGAAACCACAACCUACCUUCGUCCAAGAGCCGCAACCACAACCGAUGCUUACCACGCAUCUUUAUUAUCAACCCGAGUUUCAAGAGCAACCUUGUAGGAGUCAGGCCACAUCUCCCGCUGCACCUCCAACUCCGCCUCCAGAAGCUCCCGAAGUUCCGGGACAUAAAGAUGCUUCAAAUCAAACUGAUCACAUUGAUGAUGAAGACGAACAAACUAACCAGAUCGAUGAGGAUGAAAGGGAUGUUGCCUGUAUUGGUGUCGCUCAUAUACCAGAAGAAUCUAAUGUAAUCCAGCAGCUUCAGAUUUUACCCCCACAUAUUGAUAGUGCUGAGGAAUCCUCGUCGGAAGCUUUGGCGUCGUCUGUGGUGACAGGUGCAGUGGAAAAAGCUAUAGAUGCAAUAGAAAACGACGAUACUCUGGAUAACUCUAGCAGCGGUUCCCAUGAAUUGGUUAUUGAUACCGGACAAUCGUCAAGCCCUCAACCCUUACUCACAAGGCCUCCAGAUGACGUAAGUGGGUUAGAACUUCUAUCCAAUAGUAUUGAACAGUAUGAGCGAACUACCCCAGGGCACAAUAUGUCAAGUUUAGAGCCAACACCACUUACAGUUGACACCAGAACAUCUUCUAAAUUAAAUAUCUUAAUAAAAACUUCGCCGAAAUCUCCACCGCGCACUGCGGAUGUAGAACAAAGAAGGUUUGAGUUUCCAUCAACAGAAACAUGUGGUUCCCAACCAAAACCAUCACUAGACAGAUUAGGAUUGUUGUGUGAGGUUAUUUUAGCCGAACAACGUUUGAUGGAAGAGGGUGCAGACACUGUUACAAACAGACCAUCCACAUCAAGGCCAUUUAUAAAAACAGAGCCGUUAUUAAGUCCCACCGAUAUAGAUAUACCUUCAGAAAUUAAGAAGGAAAAACAUAGACAUAGAGAAGAUUCAACCAAUGAAGGAAGGCGGAAACAUAGCCGUGACAGAGAAGAAAGAUUGCGGCAUAAGUUAGAAAAGAUGAGGCGGCACAAGCGUGAAAGAAAAAGCAAUGAUGGCGACGAUAGUGGAGGGGAACUGGAAGCAAGUUUGAGACGUGUUACAGCCUGUCCUUGUGGUAUCGCGGAUUGUUCACAUACCUCGAACGUUCCAUCAGCUCAUGAUCUUGUUAAUGCUAUUGAAAAAGAUAUGCGAAAGCGAUUACAAGAUUUACAAAGACAGUGUGACGAGAAGAGGGCACAGCUGAAUGCCUUAACUCCUCCUCUACCAGUUUUAUCUACCACCCCAACACCAUCAUUGCCCGCAUUAUCUCCAGACUCCGAUAGAGGGUCAUCUAAAAAGCGAAAAGUUGGAAGACCCCGAAAAGUUUCAAGUCCCGAUUCCACUGAAACUAUCGUUGCAAAGAAACCUAAAUCGAAGAGCAGUCUAGUAGGGUAUUUACUCGCUAAAGGUAAAUUGAAAGGUGGAAUAUUGUGCUCACGCAGCGAGCCUUCAACGGAGGAUCGAACGAGUAAAGUUAGACCCAAGCUAAAAGCUGAACCGAUUUUAAAAGUAUAUUCUGAAGAAGAUGAAAACGACUGGAGUCUAAACAAAUCUGCUAGCUCAUCAAUGGAGAGUUUGAAUGAGGUCCGCCAAAAGAAUCGUGAGAAGGUAGAUAGUUUGGCACGAAAACAUUCAAGAGAUGACUUCUCUGAAAUCGAAUUAGCCAUACGCCGAGCCAGUGCUUCAAGUGACAGUGAAAAAGAGAGGCGAAAGGCCAAAAAGAGACGUAAGAGUCAUAAAUCAAAAGACAGAUCGGAACAGCCUGUUAAGAAUAAAGAACCUGAAACGGAUACUCCUAAACCUGUGGUUUCUCGUUGUACAUUAACAGAAGAUAAAUUAGAUUUAUCGCCAAGAGUACUCACAGCUAGAGGUGGUCUAUUUUAUGCAGGAAAACUAAGUGCAGUCCAGGCGCCUGACGUAUACGCUAUAACAUUAGACGGAGAAAGAGGAAAUAAGCCGCAUAUUCUUUCAAGAGAGGAAACAUUGAAAGAUGCCAUUUUGGAAGUAAGUCCAACAUCAGUGUCGGAACUGCCAUCAGGUACCCGAGUGUGCGCGUAUUGGUCUCAGCAAUACCGCUGCCUGUAUCCCGGGACUGUCGCUGUUUCGUCCCCUGACCCUCAUGACGACAAGUUCGUGGCUGUGGAGUUCGAUGAUGGCGACUCCGGUAGGAUUGCAAUUGAAGAUAUACGCUUCUUGGAACCGAACUAUCCGAUUGUUGAAUAUGAAAACACGCUGUUCACCCUUGGUAAGCGGCGAAGAAAUACAAGUGUAACAGAAGAUAAAAAAAAUAUAGCAUCGACAAGUAAUGAUAUAAAACCUGAACCAAUACCGGUACAAAAAGAGAAAGAAGACACCGAAGAAGACAAACACAGAGAUAGAAAAAAGUUAAAGAAGCACAGAAAAGAAAAAAUUAAACGUCUAAGCGAGGACGAUCCCACAUCAAUGGAGUACAUUAAAAAGAAGAAGAAAAAACACAAAUGCUGCGAAGAGCAUUGUAAACACAGACGGCAUCAUAAAAAACACCACAGAAAACACAAGAAAAGACACCAUUCGAGCUGCAAAGAACAUUCUAGCUCAUCAGGUGAUGACCAUAGACAUAAAUCGUCAUCAGAUUACAUAGAUUCGAACAAAUCUAACGAAGAUUCUGUUGAUUCUAACGAAAAACUGUCAACUUUAAUAGCCUGUGAAAAGUCACCAGAGGAAAAAAUGAAGACCGUGAUUAAAAAGGCAGUUUUGCAAAAAAGUCUGGUAAAGACUCCGGUGUUGGACUUCAGUACUAUCGGAAAGAUCACGUUGAAGAAGGAAGAGGAGAAAGAUAAUUUGAAAGAUAGCGGCAUAGGUUUAUUGGACGAGGAACCAUCUACUUCUACGAAUGAAUUGGUCAAAAAGAAGAUAAAACGACGCACCAUAUCCGCGUCAUCGGACGGCGGCGGGGGAGUGAGCAAGAUGGCGGCGUUUCUGCCUGGAGCCUUAUGGCGCUGGCUGGGACCGCCAUACAGACGCACUGCGAGACCCCGCCACAGAAAACUUUUCUAUAGGGCUAUCCAGAGAGGAGAAGAAACGCUGCAAGUGGGUGAAUCGGCAGUCUUUCUAUCCACGGGUCGAGCAGACAGACCGUACAUAGGUCGUAUAGUGGCUCUUUGGCAGGCGAGGGGAGCUAUGGCGGUACGCGUGCAUUGGUUCUACCACCCAGAGGAAACUGCUGCCUGCACGCCGCUAUUAUUACCGGGUGGUCUAUUCCAGUCCCCGCACACAGAUGAGAAUGACGUGCAAACAAUAUCACACAAGUGCGAGGUUCUACCGCUAGCUCAAUAUAAAGAGCGUUUAGGCGAGGACCCCGCGCGGUACAACACCGUAUACGAUAACAAUGACGUCUAUUACCUGGCGGGGCACUACGAUCCCACGCAGCAAACUCUUCGCAUGGAACCGGAUAUUCCGUUCGCCACAUAA